CAAGGUGGAAAGCGUAGUGUGGUAUUAUUGCUUAAUAAUUUCUUAACAGUUACAUGUGCAGUGAAGUCUUAUAUGUGCAUGGUCGUGGUGUCGUCUGUUUAACAUGGAUGUGUUGAUUUAAAUCCUUAUAAUUUGAGACGAAGGCUUAUUAGUUACACUGAAGAUUAUGAUAAACUGCUGUCCAAUUCAAUAUCACUUAGCUGCUGAUGAAAGACGUUUAACCUUUGCGCAAGAUGUCAGAGAAAACUAUACUGAAUGAAAUCCAGAUUGACUGACAUAUGAUAUGAGUUCAGAGUGUGGAAAAUGGGAAAAAAAGUCAUGACCAUAAUGAUGUACUUACAGUAUUGCAUAAUACGGGCCUCAGAGUAGAUCAUACAUACAAGUAAUAAUGGAGUCAAUAAAUAUGCCAACCAUGAACAAUGGCAGAUAUGCCAGCAUUCAGACCAUUGAAUGGGACAUGAUGAACAAGUACAAGUUUUAUCCCCUCUCUAUGUUGAGUUCUUUUAGUGUAAGGUGCAUUUUAUACCCUUUUACUGUGAUCAAAACAAGGAUUCAGAUUCAAAGGCACUCAGAAGUCUAUAAGGGCACAUUCGAUGCAUUCCAAAAAAUAUCCAAAUAUGAAGGUAUUGGUGGUCUGUACAAAGGUUUUUGGAUUAGUGCUUUCCAAAUUGUUUCGGGCAUUUUCUACAUUACAACUUAUGAGAGUGUACGACACUUCCUUCAUCAAAGAGGUGUACAGGAUUCUAGGAUCAAAGCCAUGAUUGGUGGAGGAUGUGCUUCUUUAGUUGGGCAGACUAUCAUUGUGCCCUUUGACAUCAUAUCACAGCAUAUGAUGGUCUUAGGACAGUUGGAACGCCGUGGAAAAACCAAGAUUGUGGUUAAUCCUUUAAAUAUAAAUUAUCAUAAGAUGUCAAAGCUUCAGGUUGCCGCAGAAAUUGUAAGGAAUAUUUACAAGACAGAUGGCAUCCGUGGAUUUUACCGUGGGUAUUUAGCAUCAAUCAGUGCUUAUGUGCCUAAUUCUGCAUUAUGGUGGUCAUUUUAUCACUUCUAUCAAGACCAUCUAGUGCGCAUUGCUCCAGAGGGAACAUCAGGAUUACUUCUUCAGUGCAUAGCAGCUCCAUUAGGUGGAUGUACUACUGUGUUAUUAACUAAUCCUUUAGAUAUUGUCAGAGCAAGGUUACAGGUACAGCGCACAGGAGGAUUUGGCCACACUUUCCGUGUUUUGUGGCAAGAGGAACAAAAGAAUUUUACCAAAGGCUUGUCCCCUAGAAUGUUCCAAUCUUGUAUAUUUUCAUUUAUGAUCAUUCUUGGUUAUGAAUCUGUCAAGAGAUUAUCAAUCAGUGAUGAAUAUAAGGGAAAUGUCAAAUGGUAAUUUAUUUACAUUCAAGGGUUGUUGUUCAAUAUACUUUGUAUUUAUGGAAUUUAUCAAUAUACUUUGUAUUUAUGGAAUUUAUUAUUGUUGUAACUGAAACAUGUACAACUAUGCAGAAAUAUCUAAUUUCUUUCUUCAAAACUAGUGCUUUCAUGGAGCCAUGGCUAAAUUCAUUGGUUACCUGGACAUCCAGUCAAUUUUUUUGCUGUAGUAGCAUUUUAUUCCAUAUUUGGAAUAUUCUUUACAGUAUUUAUGUCUUCCUUGUUUAUGCGCAAAUUCAGCUACCCUUACCACAUUCAUAAUUUAUGUGUAAUGGUGAUGCAUUCUUGUGGUAGUGAGUUUUUGAGAGAGAUCUACUUUUGUUAUAUGUAAACUGAAGCUCAUGAAGUUGGAGUGUAGUACAUAUGGAUGAAUGUGUACAGAAUGUUAAGUAAUGAAAUGCUGUAACUGACUUAAUUUCUUCUCUGCAUUAACCUUUGGUAUUUGGUUUUAAUUUCAUGUUUUUGAGUAAGCAAAUGGAAACCAUUUGUGUGGUGGAUAUUACUAAGUAAUAUUCUCCAUAAAUCAGGUAAUUUAUCAUGUCACAUUCUUCAAUUUUUAUGCAAAGGUUAGUACUGCCCUUAUCUAGUCCAAGCCUGAUAGAAUCAGAAAAAGAGUAAUACGUAUUUAAUCCCCAAAUAAGAAACUGAACCAGUUGCCUUGCUAUUCUUUAAGAAAGGAAGAUUCCUGUGAACACCUAGGGCAUUGGUUAAGGGCCAAAUUGUCUUUUGAGCAUCAGAACUACUGUCAGGAUUUGUUUUUAUGGAGAGAGUGGUCUUACCUCUAGGAGCCAAGUUCUGGUUCCAUGCAACGUAAAAACACCAUACAAACAAACAACCUAGGAGCCAAGCUGUAAAUUUUCACAAAAGACUAGAUUUAUGGAAGUUGUGGAUAAUCUCAUUGGCAAAAGGUCAGUUCUUCAAUCCAAGUAAGAGCCAAGUUCUGUCUUUUAGGUUUCCUUAUACUUUGGGGAAGACUUUUUAGGACUUUUAAACACAUGAAGAAAAAGGAAAGUGUUGCACUUGUUUUCUUAACCAUGCUAAGGAAUAUGAUCAGUCACACUAAGUGUUAACAGAAGAGAGUUUAAGUAAAGGAUGGGAUAUAGUGUAUAGUAUUUAUAUACAUUUUGGUGCUGGAGCUCAAGGUACAAUCUUUCCAUGGAAAAUAUUUAGCAAUGCCUCAUAUGUUAGUGAAGGAUAGUUUACUAAAGAAUUGUGGAAAGAUGUAAGACAUUGUAAGGAAGAAAUCAGUCCGUAGAAAUAUGUGAAUAGCAAGUGUAAAGAAUUAUAGAAUCGGUCAAACAGAAAUGGGCCACAAAGCCAGAAGCUAGCUGUAUUGUUAAUGCUAUAACAAGCUCAGAUCCCCAUCUUCGAAUCAGUUUGAUUUUAUGUUAGGGAAAGCUUUAUGGACAGCUAGGUGUCAGAGAAGCUUAGUGAGAAGGCAGCCUAUGUUGCACUACAGAGAUUGGCAUCAGAAUCGCAUUUUUAAACUAUACAGAGAUGGAUCUACCACAAGGCAGCUGGUGAGUCUCAUAUUAUGGGACUGUACACCACACAGCAUAACGGUGUUGGUGUGCCACCUCGGUGGCCGCACGUUCAAUUCUUUGGCAUUCCAUUGAGGAGUGAGAGAUGUGUAUUUCUGGUGAUAAAAGCUCACUCUCGACGUGGUUCAGAAGUCACGUAAAGCUGUUGGUCCCGUUCCUGAAUAACCACUGGUUCCAUGCAACGUUCAAACACCAUACAAACAAACAAACAGCCAGAGCUGCAAGAAGAUAUACCUUUUACUUUCAUUGAUUCCCUUUGUUCUCUUCCCAUCUAGUUUUGCUUCAGUUCUUGUCCCUUGUAAGAACAAAUCUUUUAGGCCGUUCCAGUGAGAGUUGAAACAAGACUUGUGGUCUGGGUAAACCAUUUUACAAUAAACAUGAAGGUGUCGACUUUCUCACCAUUAGUGUAGUUAGCUAAUUGCCCAGAAAUCAUACCAUGUAAAGUAGGAAUAGGCUAAAAAGUAAAGGCAUUUUAGAAUUUACUACAAAUUCAUAGCUUGAACUAAUAUCGUAGGUGGUAGUAUCACAACGUGGAGUUAGUCCUAUGACCCAACUACCUGACUCCCCUCCCAUGACUAAAGAAAUUUAUUUUUCGUAGCUUAUCUUUAGCAUUUAUCUUUCAUAAUUUUAUGAACCACAGGCAUUUACAUGUUAGUGUAUAUUUGUUUUUGCUAGUAUUUAAAGGAACUGCAAGUCUCAGGGAUAUGCAAGCUAUGGAAUUGGCUUAAUCAGAGCUUGGUUUUUGUAGGCCUUCAAUACUACAAGCUAAUUAUUUUUUAUUUUAAUAUGUAAACCAGUAUUAUUUAAGUUACCUUUAUUAUUCACUUUUAAAGAAACAUGCUGUGUAGUCAAUACCUUCAUCUUACAUUUAUGGAUGUGGCUUAUUGAUGGUUGAUGUCUGUUCUUUUAUAUUAUUUUGAUGGAAGAUUGAAAUUAAUGAUAAUUUUUAUGAGGAGAUCCAAUUUUUCAUUUUAAAACUGCAAUUUCAGUUUAUUAAGUUUUAGUGCCCAUGAAGGCAAAAAAUGUUGACAGAACUCCUUGAAUAGUUGCCAAGAAACUUGUACUUGGUAAAUGCUGUAAACUUUUGCAUUCUCCCAUGAAUAUAUUUUUGUCAUUUGUUAAUGUAUAUUAUUGUACAUUACUCAUAUAAUAAUGUAGUGUAAAAAAAAAAGCUGUUAGUUGUAGCCUAUUUAAAUUAUUUUUAAUAUAUUCAAACAGUAUAGAUAGGAAAUGAAUUGUGAGUUAUUAAUGUUUUGACAAUAAGUAAGGUUAUCAUAAAUUUUUAUAAAAUUUAGAAAAAUUGUAAAUAAGAUAUUAUAAGUGAA